GUGGCAAUUACACGCUGAUUUUUCUCAACUAAUCACAAAGACAUUGGCACCCUGUAUCUAGUAUUCGGUGCCUGAGCUGGAAUGGUUGGAACAGCACUAAGCCUCUUAAUUCGAGCAGAGCUUAGCCAACCAGGAUCUCUUCUGGGCGAUGAUCAAAUCUAUAACGUCAUCGUCACAGCGCACGCUUUUGUAAUAAUCUUCUUUAUAGUAAUGCCUAUCCUCAUUGGAGGGUUCGGGAACUGACUUGUCCCACUAAUGAUCGGGGCCCCAGACAUGGCAUUCCCUCGAAUGAACAACAUAAGCUUCUGGCUUCUUCCACCUUCGUUCCUUCUCCUCCUAGCAUCGUCUGGAGUUGAAGCCGGAGCCGGAACAGGAUGAACAGUCUACCCCCCACUAGCCGGAAAUCUUGCUCACGCAGGAGCCUCCGUGGACUUAACAAUUUUCUCUCUUCACCUAGCAGGGGUCUCUUCAAUUCUUGGAGCAAUUAAUUUCAUUACUACUAUUAUUAACAUGAAACCCCCAGCCAUCUCCCAAUAUCAAACACCUCUAUUUGUUUGAGCCGUUCUCGUUACAGCCGUGCUUCUCCUUCUAUCUCUUCCAGUGCUAGCCGCUGGAAUUACGAUGCUCCUGACAGAUCGAAACCUUAAUACAACAUUCUUCGACCCGGCUGGAGGAGGAGACCCAAUUCUGUACCAACACCUGUUCUGAUUCUUUGGCCACCCAGAAGUCUACAUCCUUAUUCUUCCAGGGUUCGGGAUGAUUUCACACAUCGUCGCCUACUACGCCGGGAAAAAAGAACCAUUCGGAUACAUAGGAAUGGUCUGGGCCAUGAUGGCAAUCGGCCUCCUAGGCUUCAUUGUCUGAGCCCACCACAUGUUCACAGUUGGGAUGGACGUAGACACCCGUGCAUACUUCACAUCUGCUACAAUGAUCAUCGCCAUCCCAACCGGUGUCAAAGUAUUUAGCUGACUAGCCACUCUGCACGGAGGAUCAAUUAAAUGAGAAACUCCUCUCCUUUGGGCCCUAGGAUUUAUUUUCCUAUUUACCGUAGGAGGACUAACAGGAAUCGUUCUGGCCAAUUCUUCACUAGAUAUUGUACUGCAUGACACAUACUACGUAGUUGCACACUUCCAUUACGUGCUGUCCAUGGGAGCCGUAUUUGCAAUCAUGGGAGCCUUUGUUCACUGAUUCCCCCUGUUUACAGGAUACACACUUCACAGCACUUGAACAAAAAUCCAUUUUGGGGUUAUGUUUGUAGGUGUAAACCUAACAUUCUUCCCACAACACUUCCUAGGUCUAGCAGGAAUGCCACGACGAUACUCCGACUACCCUGAUGCCUACACCCUAUGAAAUACACUAUCUUCCAUUGGAUCCCUGAUCUCACUGGUGGCUGUAAUUAUGUUCCUAUUUAUCCUCUGAGAAGCAUUCGCUGCCAAACGAGAAGUACUAUCAGUAGAAUUAACCGCAACAAAUGUAGAAUGACUGCACGGCUGCCCUCCGCCUUACCACACAUUCGAGGAACCAGCUUUUGUCCAAGUUCAGUCAAACUAA